UUGCUUAUGUCAAACAUUAAGCUACCUAAUCUUAAUUAUAUACUCCUUUGAUCACACUACAAAAGGGGAAAACAAAGUGUGGGGGUUGAAAAUAUAAAGGUAAGACAAUCAGUGGGUAAAAAAGUAAAAGAAAGAUAAGUACUGGGGAAGUGAUGAGAGAGAGAGUGAUGGCAAUUUAACAAAGGAGAAAGAAAACAAGUGUUACUGGAUUUGCCAGCAAUUGGACUGUGACACAUGAUUUGGCCUUGGAGAAAAGCAUUCUAGUGGGAAAAAUGAGGAAACAUGGAUGGCAACUUCCUUACCACCCUCUUCAGGUGGUGGCUGUUGCUGUGUUCUUGGCUCUAGGGUUUGCUUUCUACGUCUUCUUUGCUCCCUUUGUGGGGAAUAAGAUUCAUCAGUACAUUGUGAUGGGAAUCUACACUCCUCUGAAUGCUCUCAGAGACUUACUCGAGUCAGUGACAUUUGCUUUACAGAUUACAUGUGUGGUUGGACUGUAUAUAUGGUGUGCGGCUUCAGAUCCUGCAGACCGUGGAGUUUUUAGGUCAAAGAAGUACCUUAAAAUCCCUGAAAACGGGAAGUUUCCUCAAUCAAAGGAUACGAAAGAUGGCUGUGGAUCAACUACAGGUGGUGCCAAGUCUCAUGACAGCACAUGUGUACAGGAUGCGGAAAAUGGAACUAACAAGAAACUGGAGUCAUCAGAAAGAUCUCCUCUUCUGCGUUUGCUUUGCUCUCCUUGUGCAUUGCUUUGUAGUUGUUGCAACGGAAGUGAUGAAUCCUCUGAGCAGAUGAGCGAGGAUGGGAUGUUUUACUGCAGUCUGUGUGAAGUUGAGGUCUUCAAAUACAGCAAGCAUUGCAGAGUUUGUGACAAAUGCGUGGACCGUUUUGAUCAUCACUGCAGGUGGCUAAACAACUGCAUUGGCAAGCGGAAUUACAGAAAGUUCUUCAGCCUUAUGGUAUCAGCUAUUUUUUUGCUCAUCAUGCAAUGGUCGACUGGGAUAUUUGUACUGAUAUUAUGUUUACUCCGAAGAAGCCAGUUCAAUGCUGACAUUUCCUUGAAAUUGGGAAGUAGCUUCUCUCUAAUUCCAUUUGUUAUAGUCGUUGCAGUUUGCACUCUAUUAGCAAUGCUGGCAACGCUACCACUUGCUCAGCUUUUCUUCUUCCACAUUCUUCUCAUCAAAAAGGGAAUCAGUACAUACGACUACAUAGUUGCGCUUAGGGAACAAGAGCAAGAACAAGAAGCUGGUGGAGGUCAACAAAGCCCUCAAAUGUCGAUGAUCAGUUCAUUCACUGGACUAAGCAGUGCAAGCUCCUUCAAUACAUUCCACCGUGGGGCAUGGUGCACACCACCACGCUUGUUUCUUGAGGAUCAGUUUGAUGUAGUUCCUCCAGAGAAUGCGUCUGUAAGCUCAUACGGAAAGAAGUCAGUGGUUGAGGAACGCGUCAAGAAGAAGAGCCAACCUGUGAAGAUCAGUCCAUGGACUCUAGCGCGUCUCAACGCAGAAGAAGUCUCAAAAGCAGCAGCAGAAGCAAGAAAGAAAUCCAAAAUAAUACAGCCAGUGGCAAGGCGAGAAAAUCCGUUUGUUGGGUUAGAAGCAAGCAGCAGCUUUGGAAGCAGCGGCCGUAGAAUGUUCCCAGCGAAAUUCGAAGCUGUUAACAGUAACGGGAAGCAGCGAAGGCAAUCUAAACGCAUAAGGUUACCAGCAGAGUUGCCUCUAGAACCUUUGAUGAAUGUUCAGUCAAAGAAAGCAGUCAUGGAGACAUCAACUAGCUCAGGAUUAGGUCCUCUUCAGCUAGAAGCAAGAAGCGCGUUUCAGACAAGCCGAGCAAUGUCUGGAUCAGGUGGUGUUAUGGUGACAUCUUCACCAGAGAGCAGCUUAGACUCGCAUGACAUUCACCCUUUCAGAGUUUCCUCUGAAGCAGAGGAUUCAGCUCAGCUUACUGGGUUUUCUUCAGCUGUUGGUCUGAUGGGACAGCAGAGAGUACAACAACAACAACAACAGGCCAUGAUGAUGAUGAUGCCAUUGUCAAGGUCUACAAGUGAUGGCUACGAUGCAUCUGGAGGAGAAGACAGUGAUCAGGUUCCUUCUAGAAACAUCCACAAAUCAAGAUGAGAAGUAUGAAUAAUCCAAUCACUCUAGUUUUUGGCUUUUGAAGGGUUGAGAAUUCUUAGAGGCAUUCUUUGAUUUUAUGGCUUUGUCACAUUCAAAUGGGUCGACCAAGAAAAAAGUCAAACACUCAGCCAAAUCUGAUUUGAUGGGGCUCUUACAGUACUUGGCAUGAGCUCUUAGGAGAAGAAGUACAAAAAAAAGGAAGACUUUUGUGGAUUCUUAAGAUAUUAUUUUGUAAGGUACUGAGUAAUUUGAACAUGAUCUUUUAGGGAUUGACCUGUGAAACGGUCUUUUGUUUGUUUGUUAGGAAAAAAAAAACUUUGUUUCUUCUUCAAAACAAAAAACAAAAAACAAAGAUCAAAUUGUGAUUGAAAGUUGUUGUGGUUUUGACAUGUUUUAUAUUCAUCAUGAUAGAGAAACAACCCAAAACCCACGCGUUAGGAUCCGGACUCAAACCCGGACCCGGAUUCGAAAACAUGAAUGUUAAAAACCUUGACACCGAAACUCUCUCACACAUUCGUCACCGUCACUUUUGCUCAAUUCACUUUUGGAAUCCUUUUAUGCGUGAACUCUGUUUCUUGCCUUCUCUAGGAGAUCCCAAUUUUCUCUCGUUUUGCUUUCGUGACGCUUUUUCUCUCAUGCUUUUCACGCGGCGCGAAAUCAUUUAACCAAGAUCUUGUUUUUUGAUUACCAAAGAUAAUCCCUUUAAUUUGGGUCUAUAGCUCAAAACAUCAACAACAGAUAAAAAUCUUCACUUUGCAUCAGACUAUCAGAGUUUAUGGUAUGCGUCUCGUGCGUAACUGAAAACCCAUUUCGUCGGAAAAAAAAAACCAAAAUUUCAUGGGGAAGGGUUAUUCUGGAACGAAUCAAGAAUCCAAUUUCCGAAAAUUCGAGAUGAAAUCGUCAUCCCCUGAUCAUCAGUUCCACUCGAUGAACGCGCUUGAGAUCCUCGUAGAAACCGUUCGGAUUCUCCGGUAUAAUCUAGGCGCUUUCGUGUUGAUCGCAGCUCUUUUGAUCUGUCCUGUUUCCGCGAUUCUAUUACCGAACCUCUUGGUUGAUCAAUCGGUGGUUCAUUCACUGACGGUGAGGCUUCUCUUAGCCGCGAAAUCGAGUGGUCUCCCUUUGUUGCCUUUCGUGAGGAACUCGUGUCAGAAAUUCUCCGAAACAGCUGUUUCCUCUGCCACGUGUUUCCCUCUGUUCAUCACACUCUCGCUUUUAUCAAGAGCAGCCGUUGUUUACUCUGUGGACUGCACCUACUCGAGGAGAAACGUUGUGAUAAGCAAGUUCCUGGUGAUAAUGCAGAGACUGUGGAAACGUCUCGUCUUCACUUACUUGUGGAUUUGCCUUGUGAUUGUUGUUUGCCUCACUUCCUUCUGCGUCUUCCUCGUCUCCGUUUGUAGCUCAUUCUUCGUUCUUGGAUUCUCUCCUGAUUUCAACGCAUAUGGAGCCAUCUUAGUUGGUUUGGUGUUCUCGGUAGUGUUCGCAAACGUCAUAAUAAUCUGCAACACGACGAUCGUGAUCUCGAUUCUUGAAGACGUCUCGGGACCAAGUGCGUUGGUGAGAGCAAAUGAUCUGAUCAAAGGGCAGACUCAGGUUGGUCUGUUGAUAUUCUUAGGGUCAACGAUAGGAUUGACGUUUGUGGAAGGAUUGUUUGAGCACAGAGUGAAGAUCUUGAGCUACGGAGAUGGCUCUUCGAGGAUAUGGGAAGGUCCACUUCUUGUGGUGAUGUAUUCGUUUGUGGUGCUUAUCGAUACGAUGAUGAGUGCUGUCUUCUAUUUUAGCUGCCGCUCUUAUAGUAUGGAAGCUGUUGAAGCCUUGGAAGCCUCUGGAGGCGAAACUAGGCCGAUUCUUGAACUUGUGUCUCUUCCGUAAGGAAGUUUAUGAGGAUUGAUGUUAGUUGCAUUUUGUGGAUUAGAGGUAAAUUUAAAAGGAGAUGUAUAUGAAAGAUGAGUCUAAGAGUUUAGGAGAGCAUUCUUUUUUGGGCUGCUUCCUCUAAUUAGUGUUUCUUUACAUUUUGCGAUUAUCAGAUAUCAAGACGGCCCAUGUUCACUCCUUAUUUUGGUUCUAUUUUUGUCAAUAAUCAAAUAUAAAACUGUUCAUCUUUCUCCAAAAAGUUUUAUUUUUUGGAGAUAGUUUUGAUGUGUUAGGUUUUCAAUCACUUUCUAGGAUUUUUUUUUUUCCUUUUAAAUCUUGUCUAUUGUCAUUUUUAAGGAUGUUUAGGUGUCAUAUCAUUGUUUUAUCGAA